GAAAUACAGGGGAUAUCUUUAGAUAUUCAGCGAUGGGUCAAAAGAUCAAAAAUCGGGGAAAACAGGUGCAGGAGUGGUGUUGGAAAACAGCAGCAGAAGUCAGAGUCAGAACUGUGUUUUUGUAGUGGAGUGUGUUUGUAGUGGAGUUGGUAGCGAUCAGGGUGGCACUGAGGCGAGUGGAGCGUAGCAGGUGGAGGAGGGUUUUAUUCUGCAUUGAUCCUCUGUCAGAAUCAACCAAAGUAUCACCAGGACGUUUUAUUGACGUCUUGGAUUUAUUUACUAGAAAUAGUGAAACUGGAAAUAGUGAGAUUGUGUUGAUGUGGGUUCUGGGACAUGUGGGUAUUAAAGGGUGUAUUAAAGGGAGUGAGUGGAUAGAGUGGUGAAAUAAGCAACGGAGCAGGAGGCGGUUAGAGAAAAUGUUGGACUGCCAAGAGGUGAAGAGGAAAGCAUAAUUUAGGGGAAUAUUGUUAUUAUAAGGAGUGGCAGGAGGAGUUGGAUAGUUUGACUUGAUGGACAUAGACCUAAACGUAAUAUAAUAAACUCUAGAAGUUUUAUUUUACCAGAGCCUGGGAAUAUUUACAUAUUUACACAGACCCCACCCUGGUAUAAAACCAGGCUUAGCAGUGAGAGCAGAGUAGUGGGUGGAACAACAGCUGGGAGGAAGGUCCAGGUCGCCGCGGUACCAGAUCCAUCCACAGACGAUACGCUGAGAAGAAGCUGAACCAACUCUGAAAUGGCUCCAACGACAAGCCGUCCAUCCAGACAAAGGGCCAGCUCACCGAGAGAAGGGCGAGUCAAUAACCCACAUUCAGCAACAAGACGGGAACAAAUCAGACAGAGAUCAGGUUUGAUGUGUGGACGUCCUGUAGCUGGACAGACUGGAAGAAUGGUUGGAAGCCAAGACGUUCUGACCAAAGACCAACACUUGUUAAAGAUGAUGAUAUCAAAUCUGCUGUCCUUGGAUACAGCACAGAACACAAACUUUAUGGCUUUUGUCCGUGCACUUAAGCCCACUUUUCAGAUUCCUACAGAGCCUCAGAUGAAUUCACUGCUCCACAGUGUUUACAAGGAACAGGUGAAAAAGCUGCAGCAGGCCUUGGGCUCACCUGAGCACAUCGUGCUCUCAUGCGAGUUGUGGUCUUCAAGCCCUGAAGACUCCUACCUAACAGUGAGCUGCCACUUUGUGGAUGACCGUGGGAAACUCAAGUCCUUCAUGCUUAAGACGACAAGCAUGCUGGGAGAUGACUCUGCUGCCAGCAUUAAGAACCACCUCUCAGCUGUCAUGGAGGCUUGGAAGAUAGAGGAAAAGGUCCACGGGGUGGUCCGAGCUGGCUUACCCCAACUGAAGGGCAUUAAAACCAGUUGGCUGCACAUGCCAUGUUUUGCUGAUACUCUGAAUGUAAUAUUUAGAGACAUGAGGAAGAAUGAUAAGCUCUCAAACAUUCUCAAGAAGUGCCAGACCAUCAUCAGGUUCUUCAAGAACAACUCUGACAAAGAGCAAAGGCUCCAAGAGAUUAAAAAAUGUCCGGAUAUGAGGCACGGUAAACUGAUCCUGUACUCAGGGGACCAGUGGCUCGUCUGGUUGAACAUGCUGCAGCAACUGCAGCAACAGUACCCAGCCAUGUUGAUGGUGUUUGCAGAGUCAGAUAGGUCUGACCUAAAUUUGAGUGAAAAUGAAAUUAAGCUCAUAAACAACAUUGUUUCAGCUCUGCUUCAUCUCAGUAAAGCCACGUCAAAGAUGAAAACAGAAGGGUUUGACACCAUUGCACUCAUUGUGCCUAUUCAGGAGAUGCUCAUAAAAUCACUUGAAAAAGAGCAAAGUAACAACAAUGUUGCUGAGAUUUUACUGUCCCAUUGCAAAAAAGAGUUUGGUGACAUCAACGAAUCUAAACUGGCAACUAGCACAUUCCUUGACCCCAGAUAUAAAAACCAACUAGGAGAGGAAAACAAAAAGCUGGCAAGGAAAGAAAUAAUGAAAGCUAAGCAGGACGUGCCUCCGGCCAAGAUGACAAAAGUCCUGGACAGAUACAUGGCCUACAAGCCCACUGCAAAGGACUCAAACCCAUUGUCCUGGUGGAUCCACACAGGGAGGGAUAAAUUUGGUGAGUUAAGCAACCUCGCUCUGCAGAAACUCAGCAUUGUCUCCACUGCUGUGCCCUUGGAGAGGGCUUUCUGCCGUGCACCGGAUCGUUUCUCAACCCUCAGGAGCUCCCUCGAGCCAGAAAACCUGGACAUGACUUUGUUUCUACACAGCAACUGGUCUGAUAGCUCUUAGAUGCAAAUUCAUGGUGUUUUUAUGGAAAUGCCACCCACACAGUGACAGAGUCAGAGUCUCUGUCCCUGCUCAGUAAAAAAAAAAAAACACCAUGAAUGUGGCUCUGAAUGUGGAGCUUGUCUCGUGUUAGAGCUCACAUGCCUCACUUUACAUCUAUGUGGGGUUUCAUGAGUUAAAAAUGAAACAAACCUAUUUUUCAAAAUAAAAGUAGUCUUUCCUCAGUUUUAGACUUUCCAGUCUUUGUUUAGCUUGUUUUUUAGGUUUUUAAUCUUGUUUAAUAUUUGUCAUGUCAGAAACCUUAGAUUAUAUUUUAAAUUAAUUUCAUCCUGUUAAAUUGUGUUUCUUUUAAAUCAUGUCAGAAUAAAAUUGCCUUGGAUUGUGAACUAUCACAGAAAACUACAUGAUAGCAUUUUUGUUCUAAAAAUUAUACACAUAACACACUAUUGUUAAACUAUUCCUGCAAAUUACUAACUAACAAGCACUAACAACACUAACACGAGCAUGAGACUAGUACCACUACUGCUAGUACUACAGUAGUUCUACUUAUGAAAUUAAAACGUGGACAAACUGGAUCUCAAGUGUGGAUCACAGCGAUGCCGGUGUCGUGCCAGAAAGUGACUGUUGUCGACGUAAAAACAGCAUCUUAUUGGUUCUACUGGCCUCAGACAAGUGGUUAGAAUGAAUGUUUAUGACAUUUAUUAAUAUAAUCAAAGAGAAGUUAAGAUGAGGCAGAAAUAAGCUUCUUAAAAAAACAUCUUGGUUGUAAUCACUUUUAGGCAACAUGAAAACAUCAUCUUACUGGUUAAACUGGCCUCAGAAAGGUAGAGUACAUGCAGUUCAAUAAACUGGAUGUUUAUUAAUUUUAGUUAAACUGAGGCAGAAAUAAGCUUCUUAUCAAAAGAUAUUGGGCCCAAUCACGUUUUGGCAAAUUCAAAACCUUUUAGAGGUUCUAUUGGUCUAAUGC